CGCGCUCCCGACUUCUCUGUAGUGCCACGUCACCACACGUCACUACCGCACCUGCGCGGCCAUCUUGAACCUCUUGUCAGCAGCGGACACAGAAAAGCAGAAAACGGACCUAAAUACGCCGAGCUAACGCGACGAAACACGGACAUGUCCACUAGAAUCGAGGAUAUACGAACGAGCUAAGAUUGAAUUCAAACUAGGGAACAGCUGCGGAGACGAUACUACAGCCUUCUAAGUGCCUCAGAGACCCGGACCUUCAAGUCUUAUCUUUUUUUUGCCGGAGUAGGAAGGAAGAGUCGAGUCACCGACUGAAAAACACAUCCAGAGUGAAACCAUGAAUCCAGAAUAUGACUAUCUGUUCAAGCUCCUGCUGAUUGGAGACUCUGGAGUAGGAAAGUCCUGUCUUCUGCUGCGAUUUGCAGAUGACACCUACACAGAGAGCUACAUCAGCACCAUUGGAGUGGACUUCAAGAUCCGCACCAUUGAGCUGGAUGGCAAGACCAUUAAACUGCAGAUUUGGGACACUGCAGGUCAAGAGAGGUUUCGUACCAUCACCUCCAGUUACUACCGUGGAGCCCAUGGAAUCAUAGUUGUGUAUGAUGUUACAGAUCAGGAGUCCUAUAACAAUGUCAAGCAGUGGCUUCAGGAAAUCGACCGCUAUGCCAGUGAAAAUGUCAACAAGCUUCUGGUGGGCAACAAGUGUGACCUGACCACCAAGAAAGUAGUGGACUACACAACAGCCAAGGAGUUUGCUGACUCUUUGGCCAUCCCGUUCCUGGAGACAAGCGCCAAAAACGCCACCAAUGUAGAGCAGGCUUUCAUGACCAUGGCUGCAGAGAUCAAGAAGCGCAUGGGCCCCGGGGCCACAGCUGGUAGCGACAAACCCAACUUAAAAAUCGAGAGCACUCCCGUCAGGCAGUCUGGAGGGGGCUGCUGCUAAAGGACCCCCACAAUCACCAUCUCCACUUCGACAUAUCCCUCUCCUCUCCCUCUGUGUUCCCCUGCCAUCAUCUCAGCCAUUCCCACACCCACCAUUCCACCCUGUAACCCACACCCAGCCCUCUGACCCCCCUCUGCCAGCCUGCCUGGAGACACAGGAUUGCUGAGGCAAACAACGGACUGAACUGUAAGAGUGUUAAGAUCAGAGAACCGAUUUAAAGUUUGUGAGGAUUUAUUCAGACCUGUAUGCGCAACAAACAACAGAGAGAAGACAACAACCAGUGUGUGAGGGAGGAACAAAAACAGACACCAGGGAAACUUUUUCUUUCGGCCAAGAGGACAGAAAGAAAACAGAUAUGGGGCAAAUUGAUAUUGAUUUAUAGUGGAGUGGAGGCAGUGGAAGAUGAAGUUUAGAUACCACUCACACACACACACACACACACACACACACACACACACUCACACAUACACUCACAUGGCAUGGGGUUAAGAAAUAUAAGCCUUUUUGUCAAAUACUUCUCUCCUCAGACUGCAUCUAUCUUUGCUGAUCUCAUCUUAUGUGCCCCCCAACCCACGGCCCAAACUUUUGGUUGUUGGAAUCAUUUACCUGCACGAACACACCACCAGGUGUAGUGUGCUUGCGUCGCUCUCUGUAGAUGCUCUGUACACAGUAGGAAGUGCUCACUGCUAACAGUGACUCAUCAUUGUCAUUAAUUGAGGAACAUUCACCUCAUUAGUGUGAAUGUGAUCAGCGGACCGUCAGUGUAGUCCAUGUUGAUUGGCCCCAACCAUCCAAUAUACCAGCUGUACAGACAUUAGCUGUAGGUAGAUGCGCCGGCUUCGUGUAUGGGAAUGUGCUUGUGUGUGUCUGUGUUCAGCUCCCUCUCUGACUGAUUUCAGAGUUCAGCAGGAACUCUUGUUCUUUUUGUUAUUUCUUUUCAGCUUCUCAGCCUGUACCUCUGUUGUCUCUGUAUGUUUAUGAAGCAGAUACAUCUUUUGCUCAAUCUCAAGUACUUUCAACUUACGCCUUCUGCUAAGUUUGUGACAGAUUUUCAUCUAUCUGCCAUUACUUGUCUUUUCAUUGAUUUUAUAUGCAAUUCCACUCUGUAAAAUUUGACUGAGGCCUCGAGUGCCUCUACACAAAAGAAAGAGGCGCAGUGACAUUUUCUGCAUUAUCUCAAAAGGAACAUAGUGAUUUAGUGACCGAAGUAUGAGCCAGAAAUGAGAUCUCACUGAAGGAAGAUCUACAUGCAAAGACAGCAUGAUAGAAAUAUUAAUCAAGGGAUUCCUUAACCAAACUCCCUGCUCAACGCUUGUGGUGGAAGAGGAGCUGGAGGCUCAGUUAAAUCCUCAUAUAAAUAGAGCUGGGAUGGAGGCAGUUGUUUUGAGAACUUAAAUAUACUGUUAGUUUUUCUCUUUAGUCCUCACAGUAAUAAUUUCACUUAAAAUUGAAAGAAACGUAACACUUAGCACAGUGACCUGCUGGAAUGACACUAAAUAUUACAGUCAGAGGGCAGAUAGCGUCGGACACAGAUGACAAAGUAUGAUUCAAAAAUGGGGAGGGGGGUGGGGACUGAGUUCUGACAAACGGAACUAUUUGCAAUAUUCUGCAUUGAUCUUACAAUUACUGUUUUAUUAUUGUCGUUUUAUUGUUUUUUUAUGUUUUCAUUGAUGCUUCUGAAGGAGACAACUUGUACACGUCGCUUCAAGUCUCAUUCAGUAAACAACAAAGAAUGUUUUAGGAUGUGGUCUCAUUCAUGCUUGUUUGCAGAUGAAGCUGGGGUAGAGAUGUGGUGUGGGUGUGUCUGUUGGCUAAGAGGGUGGGGGGGGGGGGGGGUCUUACAGGUCUUACAAAAGCUGCUGUUCUCCCCCGAGAAGGACCUGUUCGUCAAACAUAAAUAUCCUGACACCCGUCCUCCAUGUUUCUGGUUCCUCAUCAGCUCAAACCAUGCCUGCUCUCACAGCUCCACCUGCCUGAGGAGUUCAACAAUGAGCACAUUGUUCUGAAGAUUACUGAUGCCUUUACAUUCGGCGAGGUUUAGAAGACAUUUCCAUAAUCUUUAUACAGACACGGACAAUGCAAAACUUCCCCUCUCCUUCAAAUUCUACAAAUGUGAUUGGGUGUGAUCAAGUCAAUCUUCUAUUUGACUUCUCAAAGUUCAUUCUUGAUGUCAAGUUUAUCUGAAGUUUAGGUCUAUUCUCCAGAGAAUUCUCUUUGGAAAAAGCUAGUAAGUGGACAUUGAGUUGGGUGUUUUUGUCCCAUUAAGUGUAUUUAUUUUUAAUGAACAUGAUGGCAAACCUCUCUGAAUAAAUGACUAAUCAAUUUCAAAGCAUCAAGUGGAAAAUAUGAUGAUUACAUGUUAGGCUCUAGUGCUGAUACAGUGUUGGAAUAUUGACACCUAUACACAACAAAAAGCCAAACAAGAACUUGACCAAAAUAAAAUAGUUUAAAAGUGGUUAAAUUAGUAGAACAACACGUUGUCCACUGAAUGGCUUCUUAAGUACGAAAUGGCAUUAAAACAGAGACACACCCCUCCCAGUUACAAACCAACAGCUCUACUACGUAAAUGUGACUUAAAGCUCUGGAAGAGGAUUGUAAGUUGACAUUGAGUUAAGAGGUUUUUGUACAACUAUCAAAGUUGGAAUUUCAAUCAGAAACUGAUCAAAAAUCAGGAUAUUUUUGUCAGUAGUAUAAAUCCGACUACAUAUUGGACAUUUGUCUAUUGGUAUCAGGCUGUUCACCAUGACUGUCAACGGUUGGCAGGGUCACGCUGAAAUCAGAGACAAGUAUGAGUCUGUGUACAUGCGUGUUAGCUCUGGUAUUCCCGGGAACAGAAAGGAAUGUGAAAGAAAAAGAGGGGCCUCCGCACUCGAACGACUCCUUAGCAUUUGUACAUGAAAUAUUAUCAGAAUCUGCAACUUUUUGCCCUGUUUUAAAAAGAACUGUAAAACGAGGUGGCGAUAAUGUAGAAAGCUGGUUACACUUCAGAUGAUAUACAUACUGUACUGGAGUAACGUUAGGGCCUUCAAAUACCUCACUCUUUUAGUUUUCCUAGCAAUCUGUGGUGUGGUAGUACGCAGCAGGGAGAUGCACGUCCUGCUGCAGCCCAUAGUGUGGUCGUGUUUGUUGAGAAGUUCAGGGACUGACUGGUCUGGUUUUCUGACCGGAUAUGAACUCCCUCCUCUCCUCCUCCAGCCGACCAUGUCACUGCAACUUAACCAAUUCCUGAAGAUCCCGUCUGAUUGGCUUAUCUAUUCAAAUUAGAGAAACUCACCUGGGCUUUGGUUCCUCUCCUUGCCCCUUUUAUAAGUACAACGCCACCUGGGGCUGUGGUGCUGUGUCCCAAAUGCAGUGGAAAAAGUGCAAUUCCAGAGGGAUCAGUUUAGUCUUGGGAACAAUAGCCUUCCAUUAGUGAUGCCCCAUAACUGACUUUCCGACGGAAAGCCUCUAUACAGGUGUGACCACUUCUGGUAAUGGUGGCAGCACCAGUUCGAGUGUGUUUCGCCAUCUUUUUACACUAAUGUCUUUUAAAAUUGGAACACAGUAGUUUGAUGUGCAGGGAUUUCUCACAUUAAGGGGGAGGGAAGGCAGCAUGUGUGUGUCUGUUUGUGUGUGUGGAACAGGGCAGGGAUGUGUGUAACAUUCCCAAGCUGUUUGGACACAUCCUGGUAUCAUGCCAGUCUCACUUGAGUAGAUGCAAAACAAGCAAUCAUUUCAAAAUGAACACUCAAGUCACACAAACCCACUCACAUACACCAACACACCUAUACACACAAACACACACACAAAAAUAAAUAUAUAUAUACAUACUGGAUAAAUUGUGCUUUGACUGAUUUCCUUUUUCUUUUUUUAAUUUUCUGUCGACAUGUCUUGAUACUCUACUGAUUUUAAUGUAUUCUAUACUGUGUUGUCUAGUCCAUGGAAGUAUGCAGGGAUACUGGGUAGGAUUGGAUGUCUGCUUUGGGUGGGAUUGAACAGAUGUAGGGUGUGGCUUUUGCUUAUGAAUGUGAUUCUGAUGAAACAAUGCUUGACAUUAUUUUCUUUAGUUCUCUUUUUGUAUCCAUUUGGGUUUGUUUGUCAUUUGCACACUUGUUCGACGCUGUUCAAUGGCUUAAUAAAGGCACUCUCUAGGUGUUUGUUAAUAAAAGGCACUGGGCAGGAGUAUGCCCGUCACUCA